AUGAGCUCCUCUCGGGCUAAUUCCCUCGCCCGCUUCAUGGAUGCCUCAAUCUACUGCCGCAUGUGUUACAGGGUAUAUAAAGCGACUUGCGUUUCCCACGUUCAGUCCUUCUUUCUUCCCGACGACCUGGAGGCAGCUCGCCGCAAGGGGCCACGACACGCCUACCGUCUGAAGUCCUUGAGACAUUUGCAACGCGUCAUAGGCGUCCUUGUAGCCCGUCUUGACCCAGAGGUCCAGCCUGAAUGUCAAACUCACUUCUUUGCUCCUGCAAGAACGAUAGACGUAGUGAUUACCAAUGGAAGAAAAGGCUUACAUCUCAUUUCUCGCAAAAGAACGCAGACUGCGAAGAACAUCACAGAUAACGGGGGGCCCGCACACACCCCCGCCGCACUGGCUCCUUCGAGUUGGGUCGGGGACAGAAGACGCAAGUAUAUUAACAUCCUCACAUACCCGGACCAAGGAUCACACUCAGCGGCGUCAAUCAAACUACAUGAGUCGACAAAAUAG